AUGCCGCCGCCGGCCUCACCUCCAUCGCCUCACCUCCGUCCCCUCCGACAAGGCGAGCCCCGCGACCCCACAAGACAGCCGCCGCCCAAGAAGAAGAAGCAGCUGACGCCCGAGGAGCGGGUCGUGCAGUCGGCCAAGCGGAAGGGCCAGAGGCACGCGGCGGACGCAAGGGACGAAGCAGUGGCCGUCGCCGCCCUCACCGUCGCCGCACAGCAGGAGGAAACCAACGCCCAAGUAAUUUGUUUGAUUCUGGAAGAAGAAGGUGACAUCGAUAAGUUUAAAGGUUACAAACCAUCGGCUGCAGAUGUAUCAAAGGCUAAGCGGGAACCUCCCAAGCCUAACAAUGAGGUCCAACUGUCAAGUGUAAAAGGCACCGGUCCUGACGGUGGUAUUCUGAAGGCAGACAUUGAAGAUUACUUGGCCAAGGGUGGCAAGAGCGAGUCUUUUGCAGCUUCAGGAUUAGCUUGCACUGAUAUUCCAAAUGCGCAGAUAAGAAAGGUUACUGCAGACCGCCUCUUAGCCUCUAAACAAACCAUCCCACAUUACUACUUGACAGUUGACACACCCGUCAACAAACUUAUCAAGUUGCGAGGGGAACUGAACCCACUGCAGGAAGCAUCUGGUGGAAAGAAGAUAUCUAAAGACCUUGUUAGAAAGGAUGCAGACAAGACAGGACUUGCUACAAUCGGUGAGGAGGUGAAGCGGUUGGCUCAAAGAGCGAGGGAUAACAGCUUAAAACCACAAGACUAUGAGGCAUUUAGUGAUUUUCCAGAUUUUGUCUGUAGUGAUAGGGGAGGCUACCCUGGGUCUAAUAAUGGAAAAUGCAAUUAUAUCUCGAAGAUGAACUAUUACUUGAGGGCUGGAGAAUAA